UAGUGGCAGUUCCAGGCACCAGGAAAUUAUAUUCUUCUGAAUAUUGCGCAGUUUCCGUUUGCGUGUGAUACGCUAAUGUUUAUUGAUCGUUGGUAUCUGUGAGGGAAAUUUCAUACUGUAAUGAAGUCUAGAAGGGUAAGCAAGCUGCAAAUGGAAAUAAUAGUAGAAACGAUGGAAGCUAAUAAAAAUCUUGCUUCUAACCAAGUUUCUAAAUCUUAUAGAGUUGCUCAAAAGGCGGCAGAUUGGAAUCUGCUAGCCCUUAAAUUAAAUCAAGUAGGACAAGCUGUUAAAUCUACUAACAAAUGGCAAAAAUGCUGGGCUGACUUUAAAUGUGAAGUGAAGAAGAAAUUUGUUCAUAAUAGUAAACAAGUGCCUGAAGCGGAUGGUAGCAUACAAUUGAGACAGAUUUCUGCACUAGAUAAAAGAGUGCUUGCCCUCAUUGGAAUAAAUAUCAAGAAUAACCAAAGCACCCCUGUGAUUACUGCUGCAACUGGGUCUUCGGUGGUCAAUAAUUUUCCAGAUUCAUUAGGAACCAACACAUCAUUCCAAAUAGUUGAUAUGAUAGCAGUUGAACCUCUGAGUGAAACACUAUCUAUUAAAACCGAAGACACAACGGAAUACCUCAACGAUGAAGGAUUAAAAACAAAUGUUACAAUUGCAACUGACUCAACUGUGACUAAUAAUCUGCCGGAAUCUUCAGAGACAAGUUCAUCGUUUCAUAUAAUUGACUCGAGAUCAGUUGAAACUGCUAAUGAUGAACCCGAAAACAUAACCUCUGUUGAGACUCCUUCCAUGAAAGUGCCAAAACGAGUGCGUAAAAGAUCAUCGGUGUUAAAUAAUGAAAACAGUAAUGGACUAAUUGCCGCUGAAGAGGAUACAGCCGCUGCAAUUAGGACAGUUGCUGCAGCUAUUGAAAAGCUUGCUGAAGCCGAGACUAGAAAAGCUGUAGCUUUUGAAAAAUUGAUUCAGCACUUCUGGGGCUGAUGGUGUAUUGAUGCUAAAUUACUAAGCAUUUACUGUUAAUAUUUUUGUACAUAAAAUAAAAAUUGUAUUCGUUAUUUAUUAA